CGGAAGUGUUUGAGAAACGGUUAAAAGCCUGAUGACGUAGGCUAGCUACCGUUAGCUGUCAGCCGGGUUCAGUCGUUGUGCAGGAUGGAGGUGACACGCCGAAAUUUUAAAGAGAGUUUAAACGCGGUGUACAGCGCGUUAGAGGAGGCGGACUUCCUGGCCAUCGAUGGAGAGUUUUCAGGGAUAAGCGACGGUCCUAAUGUCAGUGCACUCACCAACGGGCUGGACACUCCGGAGGAGCGAUACAGCAAGCUUAAGAAGCACUCCAUGGACUUCCUGCUGUUCCAGUUUGGAAUAUGUACAUUCAAGUACGACCAGACAAAGUCAAAGUAUAUCACAAAGCCUUUUAAUUUUUAUGUAUUCCCGAAACCGUUCAACAGGACGUCCCCCGACUUAAAGUUCAUCUGUCAAAGUUCCAGUAUUGACUUCCUGGCCAGUCAGGGAUUUGACUUCAACAAGGUGUUCUGUCAAGGAAUCCCGUACUUGAACCAGGAAGAGGAAGUCCAGCUGAGGGAGCAGUCGGAGGAGAGGAGACAUCAACAUGCUAACGGUGUCGGGACACCGUCCUUCAUCUCCCCAUCCUCCAAAGGCCCUGCACACGUACCUGAGGAACAUAAAGACUUCAUCAACAGGGUGAUAGGGAAGGUCGAUGCCCUCUUGACUAACUCGGAGAAGAGUUUGGACUUGGAUCCAUGUACUGGGUUUCAGAGAAAGCUGAUUUACCAAACUCUAAACUGGAAGUUUCCCAAAGGGAUUCAUGUAGAAACUGUGGAAACAGAAAAGAAGGAGCGCUACAUCCAAGUCAUCAAAGUAGAUGACGAGGAGAGGAAGCGGAGGGAACAGCAGAAACGUGAGAGGGAGCAGGAGGAGCUAAAUGAUGCUGUUGGCUUCUCCAGGGUCAUCCACGCCAUCUCUAAAUCGGGUAAACUCGUGGUUGGCCACAACAUGCUGUUGGAUGUGAUGCACACCAUCCACCAGUUCUACUGCCCUCUGCCAGAGGAUCUUCAAGACUUUAAAGAGGUCACCAUGUGUGUCUUCCCAAGACUUCUGGACACAAAGUUGAUGGCUUCCACACUGCCUUUUAAGGAGUUGAUCACUAACACGUCUUUGGCAGAGUUGGAGAAACAGGUGAAGGAGAGUCCCUUCAAGUCGCCACAAGUCGAAACGGCAGAGGGGUUCCACAGUUACGACACCGCCCAGCAACAGCUCCACGAGGCCGGGUACGAUGCCUACAUCACCGGCCUCUGUUUCGUCUCGAUGGCCAACUAUCUGGGCUCUUUCCUGACUCCACCCAAAGCGUACAUCUCUCCUCACUCCAAACUAGUUGAGCCGUUCUUUAACAAGCUUUUCCUGAUGAGGAUAAUAGAUAUUCCCUACCUCAAUGUCACCGGACCAGAUUUGCAACCUAAAAGAGACCACGUCCUGUUUGUCACCUUCCCCAAAGAGUGGAAGACGAGUGACCUCUACCAGCUCUUCAGUGCCUUUGGAAACAUCCAGGUUUCCUGGCUAGACGACACGUCGGCGUUUGUGUCCCUGAGUCAGACGGACCAGGUACAGAUAGCGAUGAACACCAGCCGCUACGCAGAGAGUUACAGGAUCCAGACGUAUGCCGAGUACGUCAAGGGCAAGCAUCAGAACAAGGAGAAGCUCGGCCAGACGCCCAAAUCUUGGGGGGAGGACGGCUGGAGGAAGCCUCACUACGCCUCAGCUACUUCUGCUGCUACUUUUGGAUACCCCCGGGGUCUGCGGAAACGCAGCAUCAGUCCCGUUCAGGGAGAGCAGGGUUCCGCAGAUGCGCCGGUCACAGACGGCUGGAGUAACUACUCGUACCCGGAUAGCGCAGGCAGCAAGAAGAUGAAAACGGAUGACAAAAGUGGACAGGCGAAUGCAGAGGCCAUCGAGAGCAAGACCUCAGAAGGAUGGCUGAAGACGGCAGAUGCAUCAGAUUCAACGGGGUCCAGUCCAGUUCCUGAUGACGAUGAGGCGGAAGAGAAGGAAAGUCCUGAAGGCAAUGAUGCCGAGGGGACGGUCACCUGGCAACAAGCCCCGGCAGUCCACGGGAGAAAAGGUCAAAAGAAAAAGAAGUCCAAAGGCGCUACAUCUACAACGUCGCUGUUCGAGGUGCCAGACGUCUGGUAGCGGGAGGUGAGGCGUGGAGAGGCCGCCGUCCCACAAUGAGCUCCUGCUCAAGAGUCUCUUAAGCACUUGGGGCGCUCUCCUGCGAGGCCGCACAUCACUGGGAGGGGAGCGCGCCCAAAACGAAUCGGUUCACUCGGCAGCUGUGGAUACCGUGUCCAAAGCUACCAGCCAAGACUGGACUCCUGACGGAGAACAAGCCAUAACAACAGCUGCCAUAUUUUGAUCUCGUAUUGUUGGGAGCAGCCAACUCUUCUGGGUAAACGCGCGCACGCACACUCUUCACUAAAAUCUUAAACUCUAAUCUCAGCAAGGUUCAUUUAUUCUGUGUUCAGACUUGGCGCUGCCGCCACACUUUGAAAAGCAUUCAUCAUUUUUAUGACCGUCUCAUAUUCUGUGAGUUGGUGCAUGUGAGGGAGGCGUACAUCUUCUCCUCUUUGGGUCACUCGGUUUCAUAACUCGUGAGAUGAAAUGCUGCCUGACAGGUUCUGUAGUUUACGAUGUCUGGGUUAUAGUAUUUUAAAUGCAGUCAAAUAUAUAUAUUUUUUUUUUCAUUUUAAAAUAAGUUCUGUUUUAUCCGACAUGUAUAAGCUUAUCAAUGAUGUGAUGUUUGUUAUUGGUGGCGCUUGUGUUCUUUUUGUACAGAAUUGUUCUUUCCCCUUUUUCUUUUCUCGUGUUAAAUGUUUUGUAACGUGUCAACCCUGCAAAUGUCAAAGUGUGUUCUAAUGCAAAAAGGUGUAAAAAUACUUAAACUAUUUCCUUGGAAAGGGGAAGAAAAAAAAAAUUAAAGAAUUUUUCUUAGUA